AUGCUACAGCAGCCACAGCCGCAGUCCCUACAGCAGAAGCUGCUGCUACUUCCCAGGAGGUCAACCAGGUGUUUGAACCAGCCGAUACCUUGCCCUCCCGGAGCGAAGCAGCUGCUGUGCAGCCCGUCGUCGGGAUCAGUCAGAGAGUGCAGAUGAACUCCAAAGAAAAGAAGGACUUAGGGACACUAGGGUAUGUGCUGGGGCUGAUCAUGAUGGUGAUUAUCAUUGCCAUUGGAGCUGGCAUUGUCCUGGGGUACAUCUACAAGAGGGGGAAGGAUAUGAAGGAGAAGCAUGAACAGAAAGUUUAUGAACGUGAAAUGCAGCGCAUCACACUGCCACUCUCAGCGUUCACUAAUCCUGCCUGCGAGCUUGUAGAUGAGAACACAAUCGUGGUGCACACCAACCAGACGCCCGUGGAGGACACGCAGGAUGGUAGUGGUCCGCUCAUGGGGCAGGCGGGUACUCCUGGUGCCUGAGCAGCUCAGGCAGAAGCCAUACAGGCUGAGCAAAGCCUCCAGCUUCCCACUGUGAGUGCGGGGGUUGUGUGUGUUCAUUUCUAUUUUGUUUUCUUUUUGAUGAAAGCCAGAUGAAGGUGAUGCAGAGGGACAGAACGAUGGGCUAUUCAUCACGAUCUGUUUGAGAGGCACCGUUCAGUGCAUGACCAGCUGGGGACUGGUGUGGUGGACCUUGCUGCUUCCUCCCACCUAUCUCCGCGGCAUGCCGAGGAGCUGGGGGGGAUGAUGGGCCAGGCUCACAACUGGUCACAGAUCCCUUAGCCCAGAGUGUGGUCUUAGCUUCCUCUUUUUCUGUUCCUUUCCUAUUUAAUGGUGUGCACUGUUACUUAAGUUUCAGCCUGGAACGCCAGGAGGGAGCAGUACUGCAGGGACU